AUAUAUAAGGCAAAACAAAUCAUAAUUUGCCACUCACCAGGGCAGGAGAAGUUUGGACAUCAUGAAUUCAUCUGAAUAUAUAAUCGCCUUGAAGUCUACCUUCUACGCCGUACCACCUCAAGAGACGUAUAUUGAAAAAUUACAAGAAACAAAAUCUAAUCAACCAUUGGUUUUGUUUCUGAUCCUCGUCACUGUGCCUCUGGAGGGAUUACUCGUCCAUCUACGUGGAAACGGGAAACAAUGGAGACUCAGUGUUGCUAUGAACAACGUGCUCGUUGGGGCCUUUUCAGUAGCAUGGAACCUCUUCUUCCUUCGUGGCCUGGAGCUCCUGGUUUACAUCUGGUGCUACAAUAACAUUCGUAUCGCCCACUUACCCUGGAAUAGCUUCUACACCUAUGUCAUCGCUGUGAUAGGCGUGGACUUCUGCACGUAUUGGUGGCAUAGGCUAAGCCAUGAAGUUGCUUUUCUCUGGGCGGCACACUCUGCGCAUCACAGCGGGGAGGAUUACAACCUCUCCUGCAGCACUCGUAUUUCAGCCCUUGCAAGACUUACAAAGUGGAUGUACUUUGUCCCCUUGGGAAUGCUGGGGGUCCCUCCCUCCAUCUUCGCGAUGCAUGUGCAGCUGAACUUUGCGUACGGAUUGUGGAGUCACAGUUUGAUGACUCCCAAUAUAUCCAAGAUCAUCCCAGGACUGGGGCAACUCAUUGAGUUCAUCAUGGUGACUCCGAGCAAUCACAGAGUCCACCACGGUGUGAACAAAUACGCUUUGGACAAAAACUAUGGCAUGCUUUUCAUCGUCUGGGAUCGGAUGUUUGGUACAUUUGCCGAGGAACGCGAGGACGAGCCCAUCGUCUACGGCACUGUGUCUCAGAUGGACACCUUUCAUACACUCGGCCUUCAGCUAAAGCCUUAUCAGCAACUGUAUCAAAAGAUGAAAGCAAUGAAAACUGGCGGUGACAGAUUGCGGACUCUGUUCUACGGACCUGGCUGGUCUCCAGGCAAGCCUCGCCUUGGGGCGGAAGAAGACAUCCCUGACAUUGUGAGAAGGGAACAACUGGAGCAGUCCUUGCCGUUUUGGCUUAACUUGUACCUGGCAUUUCAAACAGCUGUCGUUGUUUUUCUUGUGAAGGAUAUGGGAGUAAGAGUUGAGACAUUUGGUCUCUGGCUGUCAUUUGUAAACUUCGGCAUUAUUUUAUCUGCAUGUAUAUCUCUGGGGGCUCUGCACGAUUCCAAUUAUUACGCUGUUUGGCUGGAGCCUCUCCGUCUGAUAAUCUUCAUGGUGGCCUCUCAUCUCUAUCCUAUGUUGAGCAGUCAUCUUAUCACCACUUGGGUAUCAGCAGUUUGUUUAGGCAGCCUCCUGUUUUGGCCAUUGCUCAGGGAUCACCUCCACUCCUUGCAUGCCAGUUCUACCUCAGCUCAAAAUGGGGAUGUGAGGAACAAAACAAAAUGAUCCAACUGUAGAAUUUUGUACUCAAAAGAGGUGCAGAGGUGGAGGUAGAAGCGAGGAUACCAGCUGGGAUAAUAUAAAAGAAGGCCUGGGGAUGGUGUGUGGAGGAAGACAAGAGAAGGAUGAACAUCAGGGGGGAGACAACCUCCACUACUCACACAGCAACGGUUCUGCAAAUCUGAGCAAGUUCAAGAGGCACAAAUGUCAUCUUUCUGCAGCAUCUGAAAUUAUGACAUCCAAAACAUUUUUGAAAAGGAACUGUUCCCCUAAUUAAAUUAUAUGUAUGUACCCUUGGGCAUGUAUGCUUCACCAUAUAAAGUGUCCAUUAUUUUGAGAACAA